AUGGCGCGCGGGACUGUCCAGACGGUAGUGAUGAAGUUCAUGAGACGUGCGAUCGGCAUAAAAUAGGUGAGAGGAACAAAAGACAUAUCACAUAUAUUGAAGAAGACCUUCAUAAUGCUGCCAAAUUUGAAAAAAAAAACAAUUUUUAGAAAACUCGCCGUGCUUCGGAAACCAGCCAGAGUGUGAAAAAGGUGGAUCCAUGCGAUGUAUAAUGCACGAAUGGCUUUGCGAUGGACAUCCGGUAAAAAAAUCAUACCAGUUCAAUAAUUGUGGAAUUUUUGAUUUUAGGAUUGUGAUCAUGGAGAAGACGAAUCCGACUGCGAUUCCGACUCUACAGACAGCUUUUCCAAGAUGAUCGACUUAUCAAAAAUCGUUGAAAACACGAAAGAAUCAACUCAAGUGGUACCGCUUGAAAUUGUUGAAGCAAAAUGUCUCUAUGGCGAGUUUAGGUAUAUUUAUUCAAAAUUUAUGAAAAUAAUGACUUUCUCAAAGAUGUCCGGAAGGGAACUGCAUAAAAAAAGAUGAGGUCUGCAAUGGGGUCAGAAAUUGCCGUGGCGGAUCUGACGAAGAGCUCUGUGGAGAAAUGUUUACUUCUAGUAGAACUCAGGAACGGGUUCAAACCACAAAUUCCUCAAAAAUCCGACCAGGUAGAGAAUGAAGUAAGAUCAUAUACAAACUUCUUGCUUCACAGAUGAUUUCAAAGCGGAAACAACAACGAGAGACAUUUUGAGUUCGGGCAUGACUUCAACGACAACUACGAGAGCGACAACGACAACGACAUUCGCAACCACCGGAAAACCAGAAUCUUCAAAAACAAUUACCUCUACAAGCUCUUCGACUUCUCUGAAGACUGAGAUUUCCAGUACAAUACCGUCAACUACUACAAAAACUUCUAUCACCUCUACUACUGAGAAGAAGCCGCUGACAGCAGAAAACUCUAUCAAACCAGAAGUUACAUUCACUUCUAACCUUUUGAAUGCGCUCAAAAGUCAAGAAGAUUCGGAGCGUCAAAUAGUGCCAGUCGUUGCCAUAGACGACAGCAAAUCACUGAAACUCGCACAAGUUUCAAGGUUCGAGGAGAAAGAAACCAAGACCACGAUGGAACCGGUGAUGGCGAUUCUGUUUGUGACUCCAGUAACUCUUCCCAACCUCGUUAUGUCUCAAAAAGAAGAGCCCUCCGAAGCGAUAGCGGCUCACGUGAUCGUUUUGAACAACAACCAGACCGGGCCGGAAAACGGCAGGAAUUUGACCAAGAGAAUGAAUGAGAGCGCCGAGGACCGGCAGAACGGGAAGUUGAAGCCGGUCGUUUUCUUCAAAGGUGUUCCAAUCGAACCGGUCAAUAGGAAUGAGACGGAACGAGAGGAAUGAUCUUGUUAUCUUUAUUUCUUUCCCGCUAUUCUUCGUUUUAUUAUUUAUUGUCGCGAUUUUGCCCUUUUUGCAUCACUUGAGCACAUAAUCUAUUCUGCUUUUCAAGUAUUCACUUUUUUUUUCUUUGAGCUCCGAUUCGGGCCAGAAUUGAAGAAUAAAUUUCCCUUUGAUGUGCUUUCCACUAUGAAUUUCGUUAAUUAUUUUAUUCUCACUGUUUUAUUAUUUUCCAAUGUUUUCGCUUCAUUUUUUCAUAAAAAUUGAAAUUCCAAGCUUCAGAGAGGCUCCAACAAAUGAAUGGAAUGGGAUUGACACAAUAAUUGAAUUGUUGUCUGUUAAUUUGAACAGAAAAAAAUUUCAUCAAGAGCUUCGUGCGCCGCAGUAUAUGACACCCUUUCAGAUUUGUUCUCGAAUGAGUUUUUGAAGUUUUUCUCCUUUUUUUUUUCAUAAAAUGAAAAAAAAUUGUUUUCAUGCAACAACGUCUUAACUUUGUGAGUGAAAAGAAUUUGAUCGAAAAGAAAAAGUUAAAAGUCACCUGCGUGAAUACUACUUGCGGAAAAAGACAUCUAGUUUAUUUGACUAGAAUUUUGCGGUAGGCAACUUUUUCAUUUAUCAACCUACUAUUCGACUUACCUAUGCUGUUAAGCGCCAGUAGUUUUGGGUCGGACGAGCUAGAAAAAUAAUUGUUUCAAAGGAGGUGAUGUUUUUUUGUGUUUCAAAACUAAGGAAGAAAGAUUACCUUUUCUGCCUUUUAGAAAAGGAAAUUCUGAUCUUUUUAGGGCUUUUUCUUUUGAAAGACAGCUUUUGAUAGCCUUUAUUCGGUCGCUGACUUUUUUUCAGAAAAACUUCAAAAAUACUAUUGAGACGUGAGAAAAUCCUUUUUUUCGCAAAUCUUCGGAAUGAGAUGCAGAUUGUGAUCAGUCUGAUACGGCUGCCCUGCGGUACGCUUGCCAGCUGACGUCACGCUGCUAAGGCAAAACCAAUCAGAUAAGCAAUCAACGCUCCCUUAAAGUUGCCAAUCGACCGCCACCGUCGCUCGACUCUGGCUUGAACUCUCAGCUUUUUAUCAAAUCACUGUAAAUCAUUGAAGCUCAAUCAUCUUCCCCUAUUGCUUUUUUUUCAUUUUUUCAAAGCGUCUUUGUUUGAAAAUUGUACGUGCAGAAGUUGAGACGCAGUUUGCAGGUUUCAGCGUCUCACGCAAUUCAAGUACUAUCAGAAAAUAAAAUUACGGGAAUGCCCAUGCGAUAUGGCCGCACUACGCAUGAGGUCUGUGAAACAACGAGAAAAGUUCGAAGCUAUCUUUCUUUUUGCACAAUCUUUAUUAGAAAAAAAGAGAAGUUUGAAAUUUCGAAGGACCAUCAUCCGCUGAUGUUGAAAAUUUUCAAAAGUCAUCUCUUUCAGAGGUCAAAAUAGAAUUUUUUUAUUUCCUAGAACUCUGACAUAAAAAUUUUUUUAUUUCCUAGAACCCAGACAGUUGCAUAACAAAUUUAAAAAUCAGUGCAGGAAAAGUUGAGUUCAUAUGGUAUAUUUUAUCACUAUAAUCUAGUUCUGCGGAUUAUGGGCAAGAAGUUGAUAAUGACAUUCCUUGUUCUUCAAACUUACCGAUUUCCUGAUUUUUGAAAGUGAGCAUAAUGGAGGGAUAGAAGUUUCUUUUUAACAGAAUUAAAAAAAUUUUUUUGAUAGAAAAGUAUCCUUUCGUAGGCUUCGCAUCAAUUUUUUUGUUUUUAAAUUUUUCUUUUUCAUUCAAAUGUUAUUGAAAAAUCUUCAUUUUUCUUCCAGUUUUUUUCCAUCCUGCACUUUUGUUUUAGGAUAAGUUGAGCGUGCAACUACUACGAUGGCUCAAAGAGAGAGUGCCGGAAAAUGAUCCGAUCAGGAUUUCUGACCUGGAACGGUUUAAACCAAUCCAAGAACUGGGAAAUGGCCGUUUUGGAGCGGUAAUUUACUUAUUUUCGAAGCUUCGUACAAUUUUUUCAGGUUUCCAAGUACUUGAACGUAGUUUCAAUGGUUCAUGAAACUGUCAAAAAGGUGAAAAUGGAAAUGUUCGAUCACUGGAGCCAAGAUUCUACCAAACUUUCUGCAGUAUGACUUUGAAAUAGGAUAGUCCCAAUCAAAAUAAACUUUUCUUAAGAGAUUAGACGUUUUCAUCGAGGAGUUCCGUCACUUACACAAAAUCAGCCUGGCAAACGACCGAAUAGUCAAUUUCCUGGGUCUUUACUCCGAUGUGUAAGUGGUGAAACCAAAUUUACAAGUUGCUCACAGCGGCAAAUGGGGAAAUUGGACAAUAAUGGGUUUAGGGAGCGGUUUUAUGUGUUCACAGAAUAUCUGCCACGCGGGUCGGUGAAAGAGCGAAUCAUGCGGGACAAUUUGACUGAGGAAGUUGCAAUCAAAUAUUUUUGUGAAGUUUUUCAAAAAUUAAAACGAAUUAUACAUAUCAUCAUUUAGGCUCUAGAAGCUUUGCACUAUCUUCACACUCUGGAUCCCGUCGUGGUUCAUAGAGAUAUCAAAGGUUCAAAAAAUAAAGCUCACUGAAAACAUGUAAUUCCAGCCGCGAAUUUGUUGAUUACAAUCAGUGACAGUAUCAAGUUGGCCAAUUUCGGUCUUGUGAGAGAUUUGGCUGUAGACGGGUUCGGAAUGGCCGUACAAUCCGAAAUAACUCUUGACUUUCGCGGUUAAUCUUUGUUUUCUGGAAAAAAAAUAUUUUAAAAACUCAGGAACUCUACUUUAUGUUGCUCCAGAAGUGUUGAAUAGCGAUUUGGGCCCAGGAAAUCGAAAUGCCUAUGGAACUCCCGCCGAUGUUUGGUUAAAAAGAGCUUGUCGCACUGUAUUUCUAUUAUCGUUUCGAUUUUCAGGGCCCUUGGAUGUACGUUCAUUGAGAUUCUAUUGAAGUAUCCGCCGCAUUUCGAAUAUUUUGGACAUGUUGAUGAGAUUCAGAAAGAAUUAUUGGGGUACGCCAAAGAAGAAAAUGGAAAGGUUUGUUCGUGAUACUGAAACUCAAAAAAAGGUUCAGUUUUCAGUGCUUGCCUUACACGGCCGAGGUCCUUGUCCCGUCAUCAUCAAAAACAGUACAACAUAUUGUUGACAGUAUUUUCGAGAGGAAUCCUAAGAAACGCCCGAAUACGGCGAAGUUGAAACAAAUAGUGAGUGAAUUAAAGUUUCGAUCAGUUUCAAAUCUUUCCCAUUGAGGUCACGAAUCUGUUGGAGAAAAAAGACACCGAGGAUUUUGAAUUUCCUUCUGCAAGCGUUCGUUCGUUUGUUUCUUUUUUUAGUACAAAAUUUUCAUUUUUUUAUUGUUUUUGAGAAAUAUAUGCGGCGUUUCCUUUAAAAAAAGCUGAGGUUUCAAAUAAUUUGAACAUAAAAAAACAAUCAAAUGUUUUUCAAUUACCGACUCAUCCUUCACAAAAAGUAGAAAAUUCCUUUCCAGACAAGUAGCAACGACGAAGAAGACCCGGAGGCAUUCGGAAACGAAAGCGGUAGAAAAGUUGGUGUGAUUGGAAACGCUUACACUUUCGAGACCAUUGAAAAUGGUGUAAGUUUGUUUUUAAUUAAAAAAAUGUAAUUGUGAAAAAGUAUUUUUCAGGCAGUCAGAACGGUUUCCGGUGUAUCUUCGAAUGAACCGACGGCGUUCCGCCGAUUUAUUAUAUUCCUCUGCUACUACCUUUCGCGCAUAUUGUAUUUUGGAGGUUUGUCUGUUUUUCGAAAAAAUGAACUUUUCAUUAUGAUAUAAUUAACUUUUUGAUAUAAAAAAAUUGGUUAUUUCUGAGUAUAUUUUUUUGAAGAGGAAUAUUUUAUAAAUGAUAGGAUCGAAUUCGGAAAAAAACUUUUUUUGAUGGUUUAUAGGACGCUUUUAAAACGCAUCAGGAAUGGCAAAAACAUGAAAAGCUUCAAUAUUUAGACUUAUGAGAUAGUCGGAACACAUUUUUUCAUAUUAACCUCUUGGAGUAUGAAGAGCCAAUGUUUACGCUGAUAACUCGGGGUCAACUUUCUUAUCAAUAUAGCAUAAAUUCCUAGCUCAGAGUUGAUUAUUUGCUUAGAUCGACAAAACAUUAAUCGGAAAUUUUUCUGCCUAAGUCCUCAACUAUUUCGCAAAAAAAAACGUUUCCGUGAUUGAAUUUGAACUCAAGUAGAUCCAACCCUAAACUAUUUGUUCAACGUGAUCGCACAUGUUUUUUUGGCCAUUUUUUCUAACGAACAUCAUCAAUGAGAACGCUGAUAUUGCAGGGAUUUUGAGUCGGUCCGUUUGUUACCUUCUCUCGUUUCUGACUCUUGGUUUGGGAGCUCUUUGUGCGUUUCUACUGCUCUCUUUCUUUAUCGUCCGCUUCUUCCGCUACCUCAUUGGCGUCUACUGUGAUUGCGACCUCAUGGAGCCGCAGUACCUUAUCAUUUCUGGAAUUUUGAUCAUUCUGCUUUUUGCCCUUUUGUUCAGGUUUGUUUGUAGAAAUAGACCUCAAUCAUACAAAUAAAAAGUUAUCUAGAAAAAGCCAAAAAAACUUGUGAAUUGUUUAAUAAUCAUAUUUCUCUAUAGUUUUAGCUGAGAAAUUUGAUUGACCCAAAUCGACUGAAAAAAAUCUUCAAAGUUUCCAAUCACUGGUAAAAAUGUAGUAGAGAAUCUUAAAAUGUUUAUAGGUGGUAAAAGUGAAUGUAUAUUCUGAAAUUCCUGGAUUUGUAAUGACUGAUGAAAUUCUAGUUGACAGAAAAAAACGUAGCUUCAGAAAGUUUCAUGUAGAUACAAGAAAAUUGACUAAAACCCGUUUUCGUAUAUUUUCUGACGGUACUGUAUUUGAAAAAUAUAUUUUUUUUAUCAACCUAAUACAGUUUUCUUCUUUUUGCACAACACAGUGCAGCUUACGUAAAUAAAGACAAAAAAAUAAACAUGACAUUGUUUAUCAAUCACAAAAUGUCAUGAGCCAAAAUAUUACAAGAAUGAGUUAACUGAGAGAAAAUAAACGUAGUGGUAUUUUUCAGCAAUUCAAGUUCAUUGUGAAAUGUGAAACGUCAUGUUGACAUUCAUAAAAAUUAGGAAAAAGGCGGUUUUUUGGGAAGAAAGGAAUAUUUUUUUGAUAAUUCUAAAAAAAAUUUCAUCUGCUGUUAGUGAAAUAUAGAUCUUAAUGACCAUGAUAGAAAUAAUGAAGAAUUUUCAAUCAAUGAAAUUCUCUGUUCAGUUGCUGUAUGGUAGCUUUGGGCGAGUACAAGUUUCGUAUGGCUAAUCAUACGUUGCGGGAGUCGCGAUUCUUCGUUUCAAGACCUGCUCAGUCAGCUAGACUUUGCGGGGUUAAAGUCCUUCCCGGCAAAGACCGAAAACUCAGUGUCAUCCUUGAAGAGGUUCUCGUUUCCUUGUUUCAAUCUCAAUUCUGGCUCUUGUGUUAUAGGAAGUUCCCGUUACCGAGCGAAGAAACAUCAAUCAUGACGAUUAUUACUACGACGCUCCGUGA